AAAUUUGCCACGAAUCGUAGAAUCGUAUAUAACCGUCAAUUUGCACUUUGCAGGCUUUCUCUUUCCCUGAAACUCUUGUCGCUCUCUGUGAAAGCUUUUGUUUCCCUGUCUAGAUUUUGAGCUCUGUCCUAACGAUAAGCGAUACGUCAUGCCGAUGACAACAGUGAAAGUCAACAAUAUCUCCUUAGGUGCAUCUGAGCAAGAUAUAAAGGAGUUCUUCUCAUUUUCUGGAAAAAUUGAAUAUGUUGAACUGCGAAGUGAGGAGGAGAGGUCUCAAGUGGCAUACGUCACCUUCAAGGAAACCCAAGAGGCAGAGACUGCUGUACUUCUUUCGGGGGCAACAAUAGUUGAUCAGUCUGUCACCAUUGCUCUGGCUCCAGAAUAUGAGCUACCAGCUGCUGCUGCAUCUGCACUGCCAACUGAAACAGACGACAAAAGUGGUGGUUCUGAAUCUGCAAUUCUGAAGGCAGAGGACGUUGUCAGCAGCAUGCUGGCCAAGGGCUUCAAUUUGGGCAAAGAUGCAUUAAACAAAGCAAAGGCCUUUGAUGAGAAGCACCAGUUCACUUCAACCGCCACGGCCAAAGUUGCUUCUUUGGACCAAAAGAUUGGUAUCAGUGAGAAAGUUAGUGCUGGCACGAUCUUAGUGACUGACAAAGUGAGGGAAAUGGAUGAGAAGUUCCAAGUUUCGGAGAAGACCAAGACUGCAUUUUCAGCUGCCGAGCAGACGGUGAGUAGUGCAGGAUCUGCCAUCAUGAAGAAUCGUUACGUUCUAACCGGGGCUUCGUGGGUUACUGGCGCAUUCAGUAAGGUUGCCAAGGCAGCUGGGGAAGUGGGGCAGAAGGCAAAGGAAACGGUUUUAGCUGGGGAAGAUCAGGGGAAAAUUGUGGAAGGCUCUUCUCAGACCCAUGAGUCUAACUCUCCCAAAGCUGCUGCUACAAAGGAACAACCCUCCCAACCCGCACCUGCACAGGGAUUGAUCCUCUGAAUCUGAGAAAUUAAUGUAAAUAUUUGCAUACAAACUAAAGGCAUUGUCAUGUUACAGAAUAGCAGUGCUUAGUAAGCAUAUAUAGUAUGUGCAUGCCUUCUGAUAGUUUUAAUGCUAUGUAUCAUGUAUUUAACAUGGGACACCUGUUAUAUUUUUCCAGCAUUUAUUGUUUUUU